AUGACAUCCGCCCAGGCCGUCGCACAGGCGUUCGUCGACCAGCUCGUGGGGCAGUCGAGCUUCCCGGGCGCCGCCGUGUGGGCGGGCGACCGCAACGGGACGAUUGCCCACGCCGCCGCGGGCAAGCUGUCGCCCUCGUCGGGCAAGGACGUGACGACCGAGACGCCCUUCUGGAUUGCGAGCUGCACCAAGCUCGUCACCGUCAUCGCGCUGCUGCAGCUCGUCGAGCAGGGCAAGGUCGACCUCGACUCGCCCGCCGACAAGUACGUUCCGGGCAUCACCAAGCUCCAGGUCAUCGAGGCCGACGGCUCGCUGCGACCGCCCAAGCGCCAGCCGACGGUGCGCGAGCUGGCCAGCCACACUUCGGGCCAGACGUACCCCUUUUUCAACGAGGCCGUCGACGCCUAUUGCGCCAAGAACGGCAUCGAUGCGUUCGGGUGCGCCAAGUCGUCGAUCGAGGCGCCCAUGAUCGCCGACCCGGGCACCCGCUGGGAGUACGGCAGCUCGAUCGACUGGUGCGGCCAGAUUGUCGAGGCCGUGUCGGGCCAGGACCUCGACGGCUACUUCAAGGAGCACAUCUUCAAGCCGCUGGGCAUCAAGGGCAUGACGUUCAAGCCGCAGACUGGCGGGCUGCUGGCGCCCAAGUCGGGCACCACGUACCGCGACCCGGCCGACGGGAGCAUCCACGAGAUCCCGCACCCGCUGCAGCAGGACGAGUCCAAGAUUGAGGUGCAGUACGGCGGCGCUGGCCUGUACGCCAGCGCGGGCGAGUACGGCCAAAUCCUAGUGGCACUGCUCAACAGGGGCACGCACCCCAAGGGCGGUCAGAUCCUCAAGCCCGAGACGGUGGAGCUGCUGUUCGAGGAGCAGCUCUCGGCGGAGCUGGUCAAGGACCUGGACCGACCGGUGAUGGCGACGCAACCCAAGGUGACGAACCCGUUUUCGAUCCUGCCCGGGUUCGAGAAGCAGUGGUGCUUUGGCGGGUGCGUGGCCAACAACCUGCCCAACGGGCGCGGGCGUGGCAUCUGGUGGGCGGGCAUCAUGAACCACUACUGGUUCAUCUCGCUGGACCGGGGAACGUGCGGCAUGGUGCAGGUCAACCAGUAUCCCUUCUUCCUGGAGCCGGUGGUGGUGCCCUUCUUUUUCGACUUUGAGCCCAAGAUCCACAACAUUGUCGACCCGAGGAAGGAGGAGUAG